AUGUACACCACGGUAUCUUCCUGGACAGAGGAUCAACACAAGUCGAUCGGGAAAUGGGCUAAGAACCCCAUUGACAAAGAAGAGGAUCAUCUUGUCAUUACAGCUUUUGAGUCACUGCUCAACAACCAAACUUCGGGCUCUGCCACCGCAUCACAGUUCAACAACAUUCUCGCCCCUCGCCUUGUCACUGGCCACAGGUUCGGUGUGUGGUUCAUCUGGGGAAAACUCGCUGAUGCCUCGAGAUGGUUCGGUACAUCCCACACGCAGCAGUUGGUUGAUCUGGUUGUUGCCAUCAAGCAGCUUCCCGAUGUGAUCAACAAGGCUGGGUACGCGGUGACAUACGGUGGCAACAUCAUCUGGCGAGGGUUCCCAGAAUUUGGUUGGGUUUUCUAUGAGCAUGGCCUAGAUCUGGAUCUCAACACUGAGGACUCCACGUAUGCAGAAUGGCACGCCAAAGCACCCGGCCACCUUAGUUCUCAUACGUUCGCCGCGACUUUGCUGACCAGGCCCGAAAUGUCCAAAAGCAUGUACUACGCAGACAGGGCUUUUGGAAACAUAAUGCAGCCUUUCGACGAGACCAGAGAGAUGGCUGACGAGUGGAAGAUGUUUAUUCCUCCUGCUGCGGCGUGGAUCACGAUCAGUGGUCAAGUGGUUCAUGACCUUUGUUUUAAGGAAGAGACCACGGAAGAGAGCCAAGUUAGGAAUUGGGAUGGGUCAUCCCCUGAGAAGUGGAUGCAAGUCAAACAGAGAUUCAUGGAACUGGCGGAGCAGAUGGAUAUUGACGAUCAUUGUCGAGGUGUUGCGAGAGAGGCAGCUGAAGAGAUGGAAAGGAUCGAGCAGAAGGCAUAG